AUUUUACUUUUGGGGGUCAAAGUUCGUGUUGACAUCCGCAGACUCACGGCAAACUAAUGGCUGAAGUAGAUAUUGGGAAACACUGUCAGAUCGAUUCCUGCAAUCUAAAAGAUUUCCUUCCAUUUGUCUGUGAUUCCUGCAGCGGUGUUUUCUGCCUUGAGCACCGAAGCAGAGAGGCCCACUCAUGUCCAGAGGAGUCAGUAAAAAGGGAACCAAGGACCACUGGUGGCAGUACAAGUUACCCAUGCUCAUUUGAAGACUGCAAGGGAAAAGAGUUGUUGCCAGUAAUAUGUCCGCAGUGUGAGAAACAUUUCUGUUUGGCCCAUCGUCAUCAAGAUGAUCACAAGUGUGAGAAGCUGGAGGUCCAGAAGCCUCGAAUGGCAGCCACUAAAGAGCUGGUCCAAAGGAUUGUGGAGUCAAAGGAUGGAUCCAAAAGUAAAGGACGUAGAGGCGCAAAGAACAGUGCAACUGCAGCUAAGGUAGCAUUAAUGAAACUGAAACUGCAUGCUGCAGGAGACAAGGGACUGCCACAGACGGAGAGAACCUAUUUUCAGGUUUAUCUCCCUAAAGAAUCUAAAUACUCCAGCCAACCCAUGUUCUUCUGUUCCAAAUGGAGUGUGGGAAAAGUGGUGGAUUAUGCAGCCUGUCUAGCUAGCCUGAAGAACAACAAUAAUGUACUGACAGCUAAGAAGCUGCGGUUAUGCCAUGCUCAGACAGGUGAGGCUUUGCAGAUGGAUGACACCCUGCUCUCCCUGCUGGCUCACCCAGAAAAUCCCCUGUACAAUGGCGGUAACGUGAUCCUGGAGUACCUGGCUAAUGAGUGCACAGGCCUGGGGGAUGUUUCUGACUACAUCACACAGACCUGACAGAACCAACACUAGCAUCCUCUCAGAUGAUUUCUAUGUGCAAUUUGUAUUUCUGUCAAUAAAAGGUUCUUUUGUAA